ACAACUUCCGCAACAGUUCAACUCAUACCAUCGGCAUCCCAAAGAUAUACCAUUGACUUAGUACCUUUAUACUCACAUAACAUUGAUUCACGCAAUAUGCAUUUCUUCAAAGCCUCUAUUGUCAUCAUCGGAGCUCUUGCUUCCACGGCACUGGCACUCCCAGUUCAAGACAACUCCCUUGUUGUCCGUGAGCCUUCCAAGGAAAAGUACGAUGCCUACGAUGCCUCCGACGUUGAGAAGCGCUCCAAGGACAAAUAUGCUACUUAUGACGCUACUCAAACGGAAAAGCGUUCCAAGGAAAAGUACGCCACUUAUGACGCUUCUCAAGGGGCAGAUAAGCGAGAACCGUCAAAGGAAAAGUACGAUGCUUAUGAUGCUUCCCACGUCGAGAAACGUUCCAAGGAUAAAUACGCCACCUAUGACGCGACUCAAAUAGACAAACGCUCCAAAGAUAAGUACGCUACCUACGAUGCUUCGUAUGUGGAGAGCCGAGAGCCAUCUAAGGAAAAGUACGCAACAUACGAUGCCACUCAGGCUGAGAAGCGAGAACCUUCCAAGGAAAAGUACGCAACAUACGACGCCUCUCAGGUUGAGAAGCGCUCGAAGGACAAAUACGCUACCUACGAUGCUACUCAAUCUGAGUAGGCGCAGUCCUUGAGCUUGAAUGGUCAUACAGAAUGAUAUAUAUUGAGGGGCGAUAUGAUUCCUUGAAUCGCCUCGGGCACAACUUACCUUAUACGAUUUCGCAUGACUGCUCAAGCAGUUGUGAGUUGGUGGUGUUUGGAGGUAUCGAGCAAUUGCUGGAUGAAGUAGACGAACGGAGGAGUUAGUAGGCUUCUAAGGACACUCGUUAGGAAGAUAGUUGAUAACUACUACUUGCCAAAUCUGCCCAUAUAUGUUAUACGGUAGCUUUCAA